GUUCCGCUUCUGCGUGUAGGGUCAAAUGUGAGAAGAGAAUCCGUGUGAAAAUGGAGGGGGAUGCAGCUCCCUUAAACAUCUUGGGGGAAAGUAAAGCAGGAUAUGUCCUGAGUAAUGUUGCCGAGGUCGUGGAGAGGAUUUUGACAUUUGUGCCGACUAAAAGUCUCUUCCGGAUAGCAAGUGUGUGCAGGCUAUGGAGGAAUUGUGCACGCAGAGUCCUGAGGACGAGGCAGAGAUUUACCUGGCUCUCCGCCUCUGGCUCAUCCAUAUACGAGGAGCAUGUUUUGCUUAGAUCUAUGACACAAGACUUGGAGAAUAUCUGUCUGCUGCCCCAGACAGCUCUCGUAAUGGUAAAUCAUGAGAACUUCAGUGAGUCUGUUAGUAACAGACUCAGGAAGGCCAGGAAAUGUGAGGAGGAAGUGGAGUCAGAUCCUGUUAAGAAGCUGAAACGCUUACUACCUAGCAGUUGUGACAUACUAGGCAUAGUCGCACCAGGAAUUGUAGUGACCCCCAGUGGUUCACCCAACAGCCCCCCACAGGAGCAUGAGGAGGGUGAAGCUGGCUUCAGUCUGCUUUUCUCUGCCAUGGAUGGGAUCACCAUCCGGCCUUUCCAUUUCUGCAAAAAGACCCUCAGUGAAACGGCAAUGGAGGAAGCAGGGUUGAUUAAUAACCCUGAUCUAAAGGUGGUGCUGUUGUUCGACUACGACACCUAUAAAUCUGGAGGUGGACGUUUUCUUAACAAGCUUCUGGAACCGCUUUCCCAAAGUAAUGUACUUAUUGUUGGAGGACAAGUUGAGGAAGUCUUUUCCAUAAACACAAGCUGCUGUUCUUCGGGCUCUUUUGGGGCAGUAGGGUUGACUUUCAGCGGCUCCAAGAUCCAGGGUGCCUCGGUUCUAAUAGAACAGGACAUAAACAGCCCGAAAGCAGCAGAAGCCACUAUCCAGCGGCUGAAGGCUGCUAAUAUCCCAGAGAAAAACACCAUGGGCUUCAUGUUUGCUUGUGUGGGCCGCGGCCACAACAUCUACAAUGACCAGCGUAACGUGGAGGCUGACGCCUUUCGAAAGAUCUUCUCCAACAUUCCGCUCUUGGGAUUCUUUGGAAACGGGGAGAUCGGCUGCGACCGUAUUGUCAAAGAGAACUACACAUUGAGCGAGACAGAUGCUGAUGGACUACAACACUCUUUUACUACAGUCAUGAGUCUGGUGCAUUUUGGCUAACACAAACUCUUGUACCACAAGCAACUAGAAAACCACUAGUUAACAUGGAGUUUCAGGACAGACACCGGAUGCUUGUUUAAGUUAACGGAGCAGGUCCGAUGUUGAUCAGGUGUAAUUCUUCUAGGUUCUUUCCCUUGACUUUUUUUCUUUAAAUCAGAAUGUCAGAGGGACAUUUUUAGCAGUUUUUUGACACCAUAUUUACAAGAUUGCAAUGUAACUAAAAGUGGCGGGUACAAUUUUUACACCUUGUUGGGUAAGGUUGUUACUUACAGAACGGUUGUCAAGAACAAUUAAGAUUUAGUUCGAAUGGCAUGGUGCUAAACCGUGACUUUAGACUUCAGUUUAUAUGUUAACUCUCUUUGUGUAGAGCAGGGCUGAAAUCUGUCAGCUGAUCAGAUUUCUUGUGGGUCUGUAGGUCUCACACAAGCCUUAUAUACAAACAGUUUGUAAACACAUUCAGGCACUUUUGAAAAAAAUUAAAAACCAAUUGUAAUGGAAUGGCUAAUGAAGGCAGCCGUUUAUCAUCAACCUUGGUACGGAUUAUGGAAAUUCCACUAUCUUCACUUCUGAUGUUACGGGAAAUAUGUCCAGACUGAGUGUUAUAAAACUACAGGAAAAGUAUUAACAUUUUAAGAUAGUACAGAAUUAGUUUCUGUGGCAGGGUGAGAAAAGCUUAACCUUAUCAGCACUUGUCUAUAUACAGUUACAACAAACUCACAAGCAGUUCGAAAUACCCAGAUUAGAGUAAUAAAGGACAGAAGUGGGAAAAAGUGGAAUUUCUGUAUAAUGUAUUUGGGUAUUUACUGUGCCUGUCCCAAUGAAAAUCCUAUUAUAAAUUAAUUUCUCUGUUCAUCAGCUAAGUUCUUGUUAAAGGUUAAUCAUUUAUUCUAUGCGCUAGCUAAAUAACACCACGUUGAUCAUAGAUGAGUGAGAUUUCAAAGGGUUGUUUGCCUUUGGAGAUAUAUUUUUUUUGCAAUAUUUAGAAGGUUGAUUCAAACAUUGCUGUUGCCAAAUCUAUUCCCCACCCCCCAGUUUUGUUCUGAUCAGAUGCAUAAUACAUGGCUUUUGUCUUGCCUUUGCUUCAAGGAAAAUACGUUUUACUACUGUCAUGUUUUUUUUUUUUUUCAUGCCAGUGUGUUUAUUUUUUCUUUACUGUCAAAAUAUCUCAAGUCUACAUGUGCUGCUGAAAACCAUGAGUCGUCCAGUUGUCGACCCAUGUCUGCAUUUAAUUGAUCUGAUAUAUGUAUAUAAUAAAAUCAAUGAUUUCAUCUGUCA